AUGCAGACCUUGGGCCACAUCCGCACUGCAAAGCGACGGGGCUGGGACCCGAAUCGCUCUUCUCUCCAGAUCCUUCCCCAGCUGGUGUCACCUGCAGCCCCCUUCCAAGCCCCCACAGUCAUCAUGGACCCCCAGCAGCCUGUGUAUGUCCCGGGGGAGCGUCUCACCCUCAAAUGCUCGGCCCCUGGCGGGGAGGCGGUGACAAGCUACCAGUUCUACAAUCCACGCGGGGAACGGGUCUUCACGGAAACUACUAGCCUACCCGGGGGGCCCUGGCUGGUCCUGACGGCUGAGACAGGGAAGACAGGGGCGUACAGCUGUGAGUACUGGGCAGUGAGAGAUGGACAGACCAUCUACUCUGCACGCAGCCAGCCCGUCCAGGUAUCAGUACUGGAUUUCCCUGUUGCUCCAUCAAUCUCUGUGGUUUCUGAUCCCCCCGGGAAGAGCCCUGUUACCAUCGAAUGCUCGGCCCCUCCGGGACACAUGGCUAAAAGGUACCAGUUCCUGAGGCAGGGGAAUGUCAUUACCUCACAGCCGGGUACCCGUCUCCAGCUCCGUCAGUCUGAUUUGGACGCUACCGGCCCUUACACCUGCAGCUAUGAGAUCAAUGUCUCAGGGAGAAUGAUCCAGUCACUGCCGAGUGCCCCCCUCUCAAUCCAUCUGACGGGUGUCCCACUCCCCCCGCUGGCCCCCCAAAUCAUUCUGGACCCCCCGAAACGCAUCUAUUUUCAAGGGGAACAUGUCAAGCUCACCUGCUCAGUUCCUGGCAGCGAGCAGGUGAGGGGAUACAGAUUCUACCAUCAAAGAGGAGAGCAGAUCUCCGAGCUGGACGAGGGGGCUUGGCUGGAGCGCACGGCUAUGACUGGGAAUACUGGGGCAUACUCCUGUGCCUAUUGGAUAAUCCGAUCUGGGCAAGUGAUCCUGUCAGGGAAGAGUGAAUCUGUCUCCAUCACUGUGACUGCUCCUCCACUGGCCCCCAAACUCUCUCUGCAUCCCAAGCUCCCUGUGUACCUGCCCGGAGAGAAGGUCACCCUCAACUGCUCAGUCCCCCGUGGCGAGGAGGUGGCGGGGUUCAGGUUCCACCAGCACAGAGGGGAUCAGACCCCGGAAGAGCUGCCAGCUGCCAGCGGGGGGGCCCAGAUGGAGCUCACAACGCAGAGGGGGAAUGACGGCACCUACACCUGUCAGUACUGGAGAUGGGAGGCCAGGCAGGAGAUUGCAUCUGAGAACAGUAACAGGAUCACUGUAUCAGUGUCAGUCCCCCCAGCUGCCCCCCAGCUCUCUGUGUCCCCGUCCCAUCCCAGCUACAUCCCCGGCAACUCCGUCACCCUGACAUGCUCGGCUCCUGGGGGCCACACGCUGUCGAGGAUCCAGUUUCUCGAGGGUCAGAACCUAGAUUCCCAGGCAUCCGGUCCUGACCCACUCAACCUCAGCCGCGCCCUCCAGCUGCCCCCCCUGACCCCAUCGCACUCUGGGGCAUACAGCUGUGGGUACUGGUUCCUGGAAUCGGGGCAGGAGAUCCCAUCCAGGCCAAGCCACCCCGUCCGCAUCCUGGUGCUGGUCUCUCCAUCUACCCCAGAGCUGCCCCCUGCCCCCCGGCUCACUCUGGCUCCCCCACACCCCGUGUAUGUCCCAGGGGAGCGGGUGACCCUCAGGUGCUCGGCUCCCUGGGGUGAGGGGGUGGCCGGGUACAGAUUCUACAGGCAGCGAGGGGGGCUGAUCGCUGACAGGGUCCCUGAGCCGACUGGGGGCGCCCGGCUGGAGCUCAGGGCUGAGACGGGGACGGCCGGGCUGUACGUCUGUGUGUACUGGACACUGCACGCCGGGCGAGAGGUGCCAUCCGGGGAGAGCCGGCCUGUCUCCGUGUCGUUUCUCUCCCCAGAUACCCCCGGGAAGCCCUCGGUGUCCCUGUCUCCGGACUAUUCGGCCUACGUGGCUGGAGACAGGGUGGAAAUUAACUGCUCGGCUCCCUCUGGUGCCUCCCCGGUGAAGUAUGGGCUCUACGAGAAUGGGAAGCCACUAGGGUCCCUGUUGGGAAACGCUUCAUAUUGGCAGAAGGAUCUUCAAGCCAAUGGCACCAGAAAUGCCACCCGGUCCUUCGCCUGCAUCUACGUGGAGCUGAUCCAGGGGAGGAAAGUGCUCUCCUACGCCAGCGACCCCGUCUCCAUCUCCGUGUUCCCAGCACCGGCUGCCCCGUCGCUGCAGCUCAUCCCGCCCCUCCCGCUCUAUGUGACGGGCGAGACGGUGACGGCCGAGUGCGUUGUCCCCGCUGGGCCCUACAUCCUGCGGGCCCACUUGGUGCUGAGAGACGGGGAGACACUUCGAGAACAACUGGGGCCCUGGUUCCCCCUGAAUAUCACCCCCAGCGACAGUGGGACCUACCAGUGCCGGUACAGCUCAGAGCUCCACAGACGCCACCUCCGCUCACCCCCCAGCGAGCCAGUGCCACUGAGCGUGACUGAUCCCCCUCCACAGCCAGCGCUGAGUGUGGAUCCCCCAUCUGGAGUGGUGAGCGAAGGGCUCCCCCUGCUCAUCACCUGCACGGCCCCCGGGGACACCAGCGAGAGGAGGUUUCACUUCUACAAGGAUGGAGCUGAGAUAAUCUCUGGGGACACAGGGCCUCAGAUCAGCACCACGGAGCCCAGCACCGACUCUAUGAACUUCUCUGUGUUCACCGUCCCAUGGGCCGGUCCCAAUAACACCGGGGAAUUCAGCUGUGGGUACGAGGUGAACAUGAGCGGCAGGUGGAUCCCAUCCCCCAGGAGCCAGGCUGUGACUAUCACUGUGACAGCCUGGUCUCUGCCCGUCCCCCUGGUGGCUGGGUGCGGUGGGGCUGCCACGGCUCUGGCUCUGCUGCUGCUGCUCAUCUACCUCUGCAGGAAGAAGACAGCAGGUGCGUGA